AUGGAGAUCGCUUCAACAUCUACCAGUGAUGCGGCGGAUGUACUAAAGAAAUGUCUGGCAGGAGGAACUGCUGCUGCAUUCAGCAGAACCACUACUGCUCCAAUUGAUCGCGUGAAACUUCUCCUUCAGCUCGAAAGCCAUGGGCGAACGAUGAGUCACCCAUACAAUGGAAUGCGGGAUUGCCUCCGACGGGUAUCUAGGGAACAGGGUGUCCUAUCGUUAUGGAGAGGAAACUGCGCGGGUGUCAUGAGAUGCUUCCCAAAUCACGCGCUAAAUUUCGCUCUGAGAGAUUUUUAUCGAAGUUUGCUAUUGAAAGGUGUGGACCGCCAACGACAAUUUCGACGUUUUGUAGCAGGAACCGUAGCAUGUGGAGGGUUAGGUGGCGCUACCGCUCUAUUGUUACUGUACCCAUUCGACCUUGCACGUACACGAGUAGCUGUUGAUGUGAAUUUGGAUGGCUCAAGAAAAUUCAAAGGCAUGAUGAACUGUCUGGCAACGAUUCGAAGACGUGAGGGCUGGCUAGGUUGGUACAGGGGCUUCAGUGCUUCCGUGCAAUUUGUCAUCGUCUCGCGUGCUGCGUUUUUUGGUGUUUUUGACGUGAUUCGCACAAGUGUCCCGGAUCCGAAACAAUUGCAUUUUUCCACGACAUGGCUUCUGGCUCAGGUUUGCCUGGUUUGUUCGGGCCUGCUGUGCUAUCCGCUGGACACGGUUAGACGGCAGAUGAUGAUGCAGGCAGGGAAGCGUCAGAAGAAGUUCAGCAAUUCAUGGAGUUGCUGGAUUCACAUCGCGAGAACCAAAGGUUAUCGAGGCUUCUAUCGCGGUGCAUUAACGAACUCAUUCCGUUCAACUGGUGGUGCUCUAAUCCUUACGUUUUAUUAUGAAUUUACGAAAUAUAUGUAG